AUGCAGCAUUCCCCCAAGAGGAGUACGCGGCUGAAAGGAGGGGAAGCCACCCCUACAGCAGCGCGAGCGGAUCAGCAGCCAGUGAGUAGUGGAGCAGAAAACCGGCCGCGAGUGAAAAUAACCUCGGCGGCGGCCAUUUCGAGCCCAGCCACUACGGUGACUACAGUCGCGUCCCAACCCGGAGGCACUGCUGUCACAGCUGCGGAGAUGAGCCAGUCCCUCACGUCGGACCUGUUGAAGAGGAUCGCGGCGUUGGAGGAGGAGCUGAAGCAGGUUAGAACCCUGAGCAGUACGAGCACCGCCAAUUGCGCGCCAAUCGCAGUUGGCCCAAGCGCAGACGGCGCCGACAGUGGAGCGUCGGAGCGGCCGCCAUCUUGGAGCGGGCCGCCAUUAGCCACAUCUAACGGUGAGGCCCCAACUAACGGGGUCGGGCCGGUCCCACAUAGCGGUGUCGGUGCGAGCAGUGCGGCCUGCACGCUGCCGCCAUCUUGGAGUGGACCGCCAUUGCUAACGACUAGCAGUCAUCAUGUGGAGCCACUGUGUGCUACGAGUGUUGCGCAGACAGCGCAUGGAUUCGUGCUACCGGGCGGGAGCAUCCACAACGUGGCAACAGCAUCGCCAUUUGUCGGAUCCUACGCCUCGAUGACGCCGAAUGGAAUCCAAGGAUCGUAUGGGCCAAGGAGGCUCCCGGACCUGCCUGUAUUUGGAGGGCAGCCCGAGGAGUGGCCGAUUUUCAACUGUGCGUUUGUGGAGACGACCCAAGCAUACAACUGCACAGACUUGGAGAACAACCAGAGGUUGUUGAAGGCGCUGAAGGAUGAAGCACGCGAGACAGUGAAGUCGCUGCUAAUUCACCCUGGGAACGUCAGCGCUGUAAUGGAGCAGCUGCGCUUUAGGUUUGGCCGACCGGAGCAGCUUAUACGCAGCCAGCUGAACAGUGUGCGAGAGGUGCCGCCGAUUUCGGAGCAGCACCUGGCGAGGAUCGUUCCCUUCGCCACCCGAGUGAGUAACCUCACGGCCUUCUUGCAGUCAGCGAAGGCGGAGCAGCGCCUGUGGAACCCAACGCUAAUGGAGGAGCUUGUGGCAAAGCUACCUACGAGCAAGCGAGUGGACUGGGCCAGGCAUGCUGCAUCGAUCGAGCCCUUUCCCACUGUAGCGCACUUCAGCGCGUGGCUACAGGAGAUGAUCGGCAUGGAGGUUGUCCAAUUUGUGGAGGGCAAGAGACAUCGGCUCUGCUUCACAUGCUUACAGAGCGGACAUACGACCGGAUCCUGCGAUGCAUAUGGCGAGUGCCAGAUCAACGGAUGUCGUAGAUUGCAUCACCGUCUGCUACAUGGCACAGACGAGGAGCGAAGAUGGCCGGCGCGAGGUGGCUUUAGGCGCCACAACGGAGGAAACCAGCAGUCAGCAGUUUCCAGACGCGGCCCGGAUAGGAGAGCUUCGCCACGAGGUGGUUACAGGGACCACGAAGGGAGCCAGCAGUCGGCUGUCCCUAGAAACAGCCUGGAGAGAAGGGCCCCGCAGCCAGCGAAGGCGCCUGUGCAGAGGAAUUUAAGCUGCAUUGACGCCGAAGGAGGCCGACUUUUGUUCCGUAUACUGCCAGUAACGCUGUACGGAGCUGGUCGCCAGGUGGACACAUACGCGCUCUUGGACGAGGGAUCCUCCGUCACGAUGAUCGAUGACGAGCUACGGAGGGAUCUGGGAGUGCGAGGCGAGCGUCGACAGCUGAACAUUCAAUGGUUCGGAGGAAGGGCUAGUAGAGAGCCCAGUAACGUGGUGAGUCUAGAGAUAAGUGGUGCUGGGAAGCCCACUCGCCACGCUUUGAGGAACGUGUACUCCGUUUCCAGCCUGAGUCUGCCGAUGCAGACGUUAGGCCGACGAGAUGUCCAAGGCGUGCAUAAGGAUGCGCGUCUGCCGAUGAAGCCCUAUACCAAUGUGGUGCCCAAGUUGCUCAUCGGACUGGAUAAUGGACAUUUAGGAUUGCCACUUAGGACGAGGCGGUUUGCCAGAGAGGGACCGUAUGCGGCCGCAACCGAGCUGGGAUGGGUUGUGUUUGGGCCAGUAAGUGGACAAUCGACUACGCCGUCACCGAGGUCCUGCCUACUUGCCGUGUCAAUGGACGACACGAUGGAACAGAUGGUGGAGGACUACUUCGAGAUGGAAAGCUUUGGUGUGAAGCUCGCGCCACAGGUCGCAGGCAGCGAUGACGCGCGGGCACAAAGGAUCCUCGAAGACACCACGGUGAAAGUAGGGCGUCGCUACCAGACGGGAUUACUCUGGAAGGAUGACCACGCUGUGCUGCCACGGAGCUACGAGAUGGCGCACAGACGGCUGAUCAACGUCGAGAAGAAGUUGAAGCGCAACAGGCAGUUGGCGCUGGAAUACGAUCGCAUCAUCAGGGAUUACGUAGCCAAAGGAUAUGCGAGGAAGCUGCAGCAUGAUGAGGUCGCGGUGAAGAGCGACCGGCUAUGGUAUUUGCCACAUUUUGGUGUCGAAAACCCGAACAAGCCCGGUAAGGUCCGGCUUGUGUUCGAUGCUGCAGCCAAGGUUGGAGGAACCUCUCUAAAUUCGGCGCUGGACAAGGGGCCUCAGCAUUACAAGCCCUUGCCAGCCGUGCUCUUCCACUUCAGGGAAGGAGCAGUCGGAGUCUGCGGUGACAUCAAGGAGAUGUUCCACCAGGUGCUGAUCCGACCCGAGGACCGAUGUUCCCAACGAUUCCUUUGGAGAGAUGGCAAUGAAGAUCGAGACCCGGAUGUGUACGAGAUGAACGUAAUGACGUUUGGAGCAGCCUGCUCGCCGAGCGCUGCGCAUUACGUGAAGACGGUGAAUGCCCUGAAGUUUCGGGAUUCAGAUCCGAGGGCAGUUAAGGCCAUCAUCGACCACCAUUACGUCGAUGACUAUGUGGACAGUUUCGCUACAGAGAGCGAAGCUAUCAGUGUAUCUACCCGAGUGAAAGAGAUACAUGCGGAGGCUGGAUUCGAGUUAUGCCAGUUUUCAUACAGCUCACCCAUCGUGGAAGCGGCGUUGGGACCACCUGGACGAGUCAAGAGCGUCGGAUGGGGUGAGGCUGAGCAGAAGAUCCUUGGAAUGCGAUGGCAGGUAGCCACGGACGACUUCAGGUUCAACGUGGAGUAUCACCGAGUGCCAAGUAGCGUUCUAAGUGGAGAUCGAGUCCCUACAAAGAGGGAGUAUUUGAGCCUGCUGAUGUCAACGUUCGACCCAUUGGGAUUCCUGUGCUGCCUGAUGAUUACAGCGAAGCUGCUGUUGAGAGAGAUCUGGAGGCAGAAGAUCCAGUGGGACGAACCACUACCAGAGGAAAUAGGCAAAGCCUUUGCAGCCUGGCGCAGGGAGAUGGACGCCGUGGGACAGUUCCGAUGUCCACGCCAAUAUUUUGGUCAUGGAGCGGUUCGGACCAUCGAGUUGCACGUGUUCGUGGAUGCAAGUCAAUCUGCAUUCGCGGCGGUGGCCUAUUGGAGGGUCACGUACGAGGAUGGAAACGUGCUGGUUAGCUUCGUGUGCGCAAAGACGAAGUGCGCGCCCAUGAGGACGAUGUCGAUCCCAAGGCUAGAGCUGCAGGCAGCGGUUCUUGGAACCAGACUGAUGAACACUGUCAAGGAGGAGCACAGUGUGGACACCAGCGAGACGGUGUUAUGGACGGACUCAAAAACGGUGCUGAGAUGGAUCGGCAGCACCCACCGCCGGUACAAGCAGUUUGUUGGCAACCGAGUGGCGGAGAUUUUGGAGUCGUCGAAGGUUUCCCAGUGGCGAUGGGUACCUACAGCUGACAACGCAGCGGAUGAUGCGACGCGGUCGCAGAAUAAGGCGGACCUUAGCCCGGAAUCACGGUGGCUAAGGGGACCAGCAUUUUUGAGGCAGCCUGAGAGCGGCUGGCCGGCGCCUGAGGAGGGAACUAAGGGUGUUCCAGAUGCGCCUGAUGAAGAGGAGAUGCCCAGUGAGUUUGCACUGGUGGCCACAAAUGAAUUUGUCAUUCCGUUUCAGAGAUACUCGAGCUUCAGUCGCCUGGUGAGGACCACAGCCUGGGUCUUAAGGUUUGCGCGCUGGUGCCGCAAGCAGAGAAGCGAGCUCGAGGAGUACGGACUCACUGCAAAGGAGUGUGAGAACGCGGAGAACCUGUUAGUCAGACAGGCCCAAUUGGAGUCGUUCCCCGACGAGAUGAGGUCGGUGGAAUGCGGAAAGAACGUCGCCAGCUCGAGUGAGAUUCGAGGUCUGACGCCUUACGUGGAUGAACACGGAGUUCUGCGAACUUAUGGCAGAGUUGAUGCCGCGCUGUGCAUGCCGUACAAUGAAGCAUCAAAAUGUGGAUGCGACGAUUGCUCAGAUCCGGACGAGAUUCUGGGUAACGAAGAUGAGACGAGUGAUGAAGGAAGUAAUCUCGUCGUGCAACGAGUGCAAGUUGCAGCGAACGCGGCCGAUGCCGCCGAUAAUGGGACCCCUUCCAGAGGAUCGAUUGGAAGCGGGGGUUGGCCAUUCAAGUACACCGGAUUGGACUACUUUGGACCACUGCUGGUGACUGUAUCCCGUCACAGAGAGAAACGUUGGGUCGCCUUGUUUACGUGCCUGACGACAAGGGCGAUUCAUCUAGAGUUGGCGCAUGACCUGUCGACGGAUUCCUGCAUAAUAGCGAUCAGGAACUUCGUCUGCCGUAGAGGACCAGUACAAAGACUGCGGAGUGAUAACGGCAAGAACUUUGUGGGAGCUGACAGGGAGGCCAGACGAUUUGGAGACGUGUUCGAGACGGAGAGGAUACAGAGUGAGUUGUCCAGCAGAAGCAUUGAAUGGGUUUUCAAUUGCCCAUCGAACCCGUCUGCGGGCGGAGUAUGGGAGCGGAUGGUGCAGUGCGUCAAGCGAGUGCUGCGCCAUACCCUGAAGGAAGUCGCGCCGAGGGAUCAUGUGUUGGAAAGUUUACUGAUCGAGGCGGAGAAUGUGGUCAACUCGCGCCCGCUCACCCACUUGCCGGUGGAUGCGGACCAAGAGGCGCCGUUGACGCCAAACGACCUGCUCAAGGGAGCAGCUAAUCUACCGAAUACGCCUGGAUUGGAUGCGGAGCUACCCAAGGAGGGUUCUACACGAAAGCAGUGGAGGAUUGCCCGCAUGCUGCGAGACCGUUUCUGGAGGAGGUGGGUCUUGGAGUACCUGCCUACGCUUGUGCGCCGCGAGAAGUGGUGCCGAAGAACGGAGCCCAUCCGCCAGGGCGAUAUGGUCUUCGUCUGCGAUCCUGCCUUGCCCAGACGAGAGUGGCGCAAGGGCAUCGUGGAGGAGAUAUACAGCGGAGCUGAUGGAGUCGUCAGACGCGCUACAGUGCGCGUGAACGACAAUGGCCUAUCUCGGACAAUGUUGCGGCCCGUCUCAAAACUCGCGGUUUUGGAUUUGAGUGAAGCGGUUCUUCACGGGGUCGGGGAUGUCGACGGUCAAACAUUGUGAUCGAUAGGUAGAAUAAGUAUUGUGAGAGAAAUCUAGUAUUUGUUAAUUUAUCCGAAUUUGUAUGGAUUUCGUGGCCCUUGAAAUGUGGGCUUACUAAUCUCGGUAACAUGGAUGCCGCCAUAAAUUGUGCUUCUCAUUGUCUUGUGAAUUGUAGGAGGGCACACUGCGAAUAAAACCCAGCGCCCCAGCGCAACGCCACACACAA